AUGGCCCAGCAGAUGAGUGCCCCGGGAAAGAGGGACCGCUCUGGGCAUCCCCUGGGGACUUUCAGAGGUGGCAGGGCCCAAGGCCGGGAUUACACCUUCACCUGGCCUGGAGGAGCUUUUCGAACCUGGCUUGUCGCUCACUUGUCUUUUUUAUUGGAAUUAUCAACAGGAAACAAUGAGCCAAUCUCCAGCACAGCGGCAGUUGCCACCACCAUCUCUGCUGAAAGCCACAAGACCACCGGCAAACCUCAGACCGUCGCCUCCCCCCAGCCAACGGGCCCUUCAGAAACCAGGAAGCCGACCACUGCUGCCAUAAGGCCUACCACCACUCUCCAGCCUACAAGUCCAGCACUUCCCAUCGUCCAGACCACUUCCAAGCCCAACCAGGAAGGGGGGGACCUGACCACAGUGAGGGGAGAGCUGACCACUAAGGCACCUUCCAGCACAAGUGCUUUAAGUACUACCUUGGAGACUAAGAAGGAGACCACCGUGGCACCCACUGCAGCCCCCGGGGCUCUGGGAACCCAGGCACCCGUUUUGUCCUCACUGACGACAGGGCCCUUGCCUUCACCAUCAGCUACACCAAAGCUCCAGGAGGGAACCACCUUGCCAGACGCUUCCAUCCCGCAGACCACAUUGAAUCCCACUGCAUCCACCCACAAAUCUGAGAGUCCACCUUCUCUGACCAGUGCCACCCCAGUGCCAGGAGCCUUUCCUUAUCCUGUCUCGACGGGGACCAGCGUAACCUCCAGAACUCAGCCAACUGAAAAUACCUCAGAGACUCCAGUGCCCAAGAGCACAAUUUCAGUUUCCUCUGAGCAUCCCCCAGCUUCAGUCUCCUCUGAGGGUCCCCCAGCUUCAUUUACUUCUGAGGGCCCCUUGGCUUCCGCUACCCCUGAGACGGUUCCCAGGGAGACAACGAUAGUUUCUGAGAGUUCUACCUUCUUUUCCACCAGCCCCUCUUCUUCCCUCAGCGAGCCCCCUGCCACAACAUCUGAAGCUGAAAUUUUUUCACCCAUACCCAACAAGAUAACCUGUCAAGCUGACAGCUACACAACAGAGAAUCUGCUUAUUCUGAAGAUCACCAACUUCAGCGUCUGUGAUGGCGUCAAGGAUUCCCGAAACCAUCCCCUCUACACAGCCCUGUGCCGAGCGGGAAAGCCCAACUUCAACAAGGACCGAGAUCUGUGUCACGUGCAGCUGAUCUCCCAGCCAGAGAAGCAAGAGGUGGCAGUCCUCAAUGUCUCUGUGCAAACACACCUGCAGCCCAAGGAGCUGUAUGAAGUACUGAAGAAGCGAUGGGAUGAUCUGAAAGCGCUGGGAGUUAGCAACAUGACCUACGGAAAGGAAAGUCUGGACAAGGAUGUGGAGGACCGAUUCAGCAUGCCUCUUAUCAUUACUAUCGUUUGCAUGGCGGCCUUCCUGCUCUUCGUGGCCGCCCUGUACGGCUGCUUCCACCAGCGGUUCACUCAGCGCAAGGACCAGCAACGCCUGACCGAGGAGCUGCAGACUGUGGAGAAUGGUUACCAUGACAACCCCACCCUGGAAGUGAUGGAGACUUCUUCGGAAAUGCAGGAGAAAAAAGUGGCCAAUCUUAAUGGCGAGCUGGGGGACAGCUGGAUAGUCCCCCUCGACAACCUGACCAAGGACGACCUGGACCAGGAGGAGGAGGACACGCACCUGUAAAAGCCGCCAGCUCGGACCACCGCCCCGGGACUCUUGAGACUUAAUCACCCAAAGUGCCACUUGAGCAAGGGGAGGAAAAUCAACUCUCCUUCCCACCUUGAGAGAGACAUGAACAGGGAAAGAGACCAGGAGGGAGCAGAUGCUGCCGCGUUUUGGCCACCCUCCCUCUCCGCCCCUCCUCAUUUCAGGGGGGCUUUCACUUUUUCAUUUUCUAGCCAAUGGAAACGAUUCAAUUUAAUAUGCUAGAGGGGGGAGGGGGGAAGGAGGUGGGGAUGGGGAAGUAGCCACUGCUCUUUGGAACGGCCCUAGAGUUUGUGGUCAGGACAAGCCAGAAAGAUGUAAUGGAAAGCAAAGAUGGUGGCAGUUUAUAUCCAUGUGGAAGUAUGGGUGGAUGGAACCCGUUUUCUAGUCUUUUCUCCCCUUCUCAGGAGCAAAGCUAUUUGUCCUCCCUCCUUAGCCUCCUGAGGGGCCCUCCUUGCCCCUGGACUCAUAAGCCAAGUUCUGGUGUCCUCAUCACUUUUCUGGAGGUGGGGAUUUUUCCCACCAGACAGACCCAAGUGUGAAUUGCUCCUGUUCAAGGAAAUCCAUCCCCAGGGGAGAGGCAGGAUCGAAACUUCUGGAAUUGACACUGGCUGGCAGGAACCCGGCACCCAGCACCCGUCUCUCGCCCACUACCCUGUGGGUGCCUGCCUUGCGUCCAGCUGACAUCUCUCCACUCUGCUGAAGCCAUCGCAGACAUCACGCUCGCUAACCUGCACAUCGUACCUGCCAGGGAGAAUGAUCCCAGAAGCCACGUGGCCCCUCUCUCCAACCACUGAAAGAGAAGCUGCUUGGGGGGACAAAGCUCCCCACUCCUGGGGAUCCUCUGUCGGCGCAGUGUCUUUUAAGAGACAAUCAAUGCAGCAGGAAAGGGUAGGACCCAUCCCACCCUACAUGUGAAACUCAGGGACUCAACCAAGUUGCUGGGAAUUAUUUAUGAAGGAGGGGAGAGCAAGUAGCAGACCCUUACCUCUUCCCCCCACAAACCACCCCAAGAUCCAGGCGUGCAAAGGUUUUCUGUCUCUCAUCAGUAUGGGUCUUCUGUCUCCAUUGGUGGGUAUCACAAGCCGUCCUUAAUACCUUCUGGCCAUUCUUGUCCAUAUUCUUCUCUAGAGUUUUCCUACAAAAAUCUACUUAGUGGGUUAGCAGCUUCCCCCCCCCCUUUUUUCCCCCUAAUCUCUUCUGGUAGAUAUCAGGAUGCUACUUGUUCCGUAGCUACUCACUAUGGAUGGUGUCUGAGAGCCCAUGUAUGCUUGCCAUGUGAGUCACACUAGAAGAUUUAUUUUCAGUCCCCAAACAGCACACACACAGGGAGGGGAGUAGUUGCAUCCAGGGAGGAUGUCUACUCAGAAAUCCCUAAUGUAGACCGCAUCACGAUGCUGGCAAAACCUCUACUGAAAAAGACUAAGAAAUGUAGUCAUUGAAAAGUUACCAGAAAUGGCAGCUUUUAUUCACAUUAUGUUCUUACAACGGACAGGAAUGCGUCUACUGCCAGCCUCUGGUGCGAGUCGGUGGGAAUUCGGAACCUUUUCAGUUGGGGCGCGGCAUCUCAAAACUGACUUCAGGUUUCUAUGACUGAUGGUGGUUUAGAGCUUCAGUUUAUGGACUUUCAGGAAGAUCAGGUGCCCCUGAGCAUCCCAGUCUAGUCAAAAAAAAAGUUGGCCCAGUUUUCUGAGGUAAUUAUUAUUAACUUUUAAGUUGCUAAGUCAGCUGCACUCCAGGUUCUAGAAACAUGUCAGUUCUUACAGUUUAGCACCACUGAGUCCUGGGGAGCAGUAAUUAAUAUUCAGUAUUUAUAUUUUAGCCUAUUUUCAGCCCUAUUUUGAUGAUCUGCUCUAGGUUUCGUGUGGAGUCCCUGAGGGUUUCAGAACUGAUCCUUCGCCAUCCCCCACCGAGGCCUGCACAUUUCCUAAAGCUGCCUUUCUAGGUCAGAGCACACUUACCCUCUUGUUUUCUUGAAGCGGGAGUUUCAGAGGAGUUUUGCAUGGAGUUUGCACCUGUGCCCCAGGCCUCCAAAUGCUGAGGCUCUGGAAGUUGUGGAGAAGGAGCUGUCUGAGUGCCUUUCGUGGCAUUAAUCUAGGGGAUGCAAGCUGGUGGUCUUUUAAGUGCCUCUUUGUCCAGGAGGCAGCAGGCCCUUUACACAGUUCUGACUUGAGUCCAUUUGAACAUGACUUCCCCAGAGAAGGAUGUGUCAGUAUCGUCUGAUAGGGGAUAUCAGAAUUCUGGUUGAAUUCACUUUUUUUAGGGAUGAGAUUUUUUUUUAAAAUACCAGACUUGUGAUUGCUUUGGAGAAUUCCCAGUCAAGAUUUUGGACAGAUAAGCAGUUACUUUGCAAUAUAGAGGUUCAGUGACUUGGGACAGAGCACAGCACCCAACAGUCAAUGCUCGACCGUCAGGUUUUGAACAUAGAUCUUCCCUAUUCUGAGUCAGACUGUUUUAUUGCCACUGCCAAAGUUGCCUCUCUUGGGCUAAGUUUAAAGUGUCCAAAGCACAAAGCCCUCCUCAGCCCCCCAAUGGCCUCCUACCUCUGACCAUGAGGUGGGAUGACCCCAGGAAAAAAGGAUCUUUUCAGCCCACAUCUGGCUUUCAGACUCAAGGGUUCUAAUGGGCCCUUGGAGCAAGCCCAGAUUUAGAGGGAUGUUAAGCUAGCCAGCACCCAUUUACAUACAACCACAUGCCUCUUUUCCACUGCUUUUUUGGGCUAGACUGGUGAAACAAAGAAAGGAGAUGUAUCGAGUAAGUUGGUACAAAAUGAAGAGGUCUGUUCCCUUGUGCUCAGUAUUAAGACUUGCUCUUUCUCAAGUGGCCAUGCCUUAUUAAUGGGUGAAAAAAGUCUGCGUUGUCCUCUGGAAACUGGCUUACUUUCCUAGGAAGAAAGACCAAACUAGAGGAACUCUUGUUGAGUCACAGGAAGCUUUUUUUAGGUCUUCAGGGUGAAGCAGCUGAAAGAGCAACUGAAGCACUGACUGGGAAAAGCAUAUAUAGCUCUGUUGGAAGAAGUUUUGGGAGGCUGGAAGACCUCAAUCAUGGGCAUCCUUCUGAAAUUCCCCAGAAGGCUCCAGGAUCUGGAAGGUUUUUUUUCUUUAAUCUAGUAGUACUAUGCCUAGGGUACAAAAUCUAAUUCCCCCCCCCCCCCUCCAAAGAAAAGCCAGUUGAGAGGUUAAGAUCUCAGUUAUUGGUUUGAGGAACACAGUUCAAUUCAGCAUAGGUACCCAAGAAGGCCAUGUUAAAGAAUCUUGAAUUUCAUUUUUAAAAAAUAAAAAUUGUCUUUAUCUUUUGUUUUUACACUGCUUCAAUUUUCCUCUGGAUCUUCCCCCUCCCUUCCUCUUCCAUAAUCUGUCUCAUAACAAAGCAUUCUUUUUUCUUUUUAAGAAAAAAGAAACUUGGCAGAUGACAGGUUUCCGGAGGCUGCCUGAUAAUUGAGCUAGAUGUCAUGAACAAGCCACCAGCUGCCAUCCAGCCUCAGCAAGUAAACUGGGGAGAGUAUUGACAGAUCACUAACUAGAAAUAUAGAGCUUUCCUUCCCAUUUAAAGGAAGCUAGGUCAUUAUAUGUAAGUCAGUAUACAGAUCUGAUCUCCAGAAAGGUUUUUUGGUUUCUUCCCUACUAUCAGUGAAGCUCUGAGAAGUGUUACUUAAAUGCCCCAAUUCUUGAUCUUCCUAACUUGAGCUGUAGACAGAAUUUUUUUGGGGGGGAGGGUGAAGUCCACUGUGUACACAUAUUUUUGGAGAUAUAGAUAUAUGUACUACAUGCACACACGUGACUAUCAUUCUGUCAAAAUUAAACGAUGCAUUGGGACAGACCUAGAAUUCCCUCUGGGAGACCCCCCAGAACAGGGCUUCUUCUCUAUUCUCCAGGGUUUUUUUUUUUUUUUUUUUUUUUUUUUUUUUUAUCAAUAGCAUGUCCAGAGGGACUAUCAAUGAUGGAGGAAAGCCAAUGUACGGCCUGGUAUCACGUAUUUGUCAUGGAGGGUUCACAGAAUUAGAAUUUGUCUUAACUCUAGAUCAUACUAUUUCCAUCCUUGUUGGCCAGAAGGAAAGAAAGGUUCUUCCUAUUCUCUGGGAGCCUCAGAAACUUUCAGGUCACUGCAAAGACAUGUAUCUUUAUUAAGUAAUAAGUAAGGAGCUUAAUCUCAGACUCAAUUUAAUUGUGACUCAGCAAGUGGGAUCAAUUUAAUUGUGACUCAGCAAGUGGGAUUACCAGGGUUUCUGGAAUAUUGGCAAGGCAGGUAUCUCAUAGCCGGGGGUCUCCUGCCUCCCUGGCUUGAGACUGGUUUAGUUUCUCCCGGCAAAGCUCCAGCCCAAGUUGGGGGGUUCCUCCUGAUAAAUGCUUCAGACUUGUUGUGGUCUAAUCAUUCACCCACAGAGAGCUUGUCCUCUUUGUGGCUCACCAAAUCUUUUGAAUUAGGUAUAAAUGCUGAUCCAUCUGAAAUCAAUUUGUUAAUGGUUUCUCUAAAUCUAAGAAACCUUCUGAGAUUUGCAUGAGGGCAGAAUAGUGUGGUUGAUAUAUCUGAGCAAGGGAGGAGAAAGGACCCAGAAGGCUGAGCAGAGAUUCAAGAGGGCACAAAAAGAUAAAUAUACAUCAAUCGCUGCCUUCUUGCUGCCUCUUGAAUCAAGCAGCCCCCAGAUCACAGGUCAGACUGAAGGGAACAUUGCUCUUGGUUAGAAGGGUUGAGGCAGAUGGAAUUUGAAAAAAAGCAAAGUUUUUCAGAUAUAUCUUGGGUGGUUGAAUUCUUUAAAAUCAUUCUCAUAAUUACACAUGGGAAAAGAGUCCCUGUUAGGUCCAGCAUUUUGGUUAGCUAGGUUAGAAAUGGGUGGGGGAUGAGGAGAGGACUUGAAUCAUUCCUUAAGCUUUCUCACUAUAGAACUCCUAAGGCCCAGACAUAAAACUAAAAAAAAAAAAAAAAAAAAAAAACUGUUCAGAGGGGUCUUACAUUUUUUAAUGUCAUCUAUACUCUCCUGGCUGCUGAGAGUGAGCAGGAACAGACGUCUGAAGUACACUGGAAUUUACUGAGAAACUGGAUUGUAGAGAUUAUGGUGAAUUCUUUCAUUUUCCUAUAAAACUAUAUUUUGGAAAACUAUGCUGUCAAUUAAAGUUCUUUUGUGUAAA